GAGCCAUCACGUGUAAAGCUGACCUGGCUCUCACGGUCGAAUGUUGAGUUUCAGCAGCAGGCCUCUCCUGCUUUUCAGAAUAGACCGUUUACUGAGAUUAAAACGCACUUAUUUGAAACCAACUCCGGUUGAUUACCUUCAGGGACGCUGUUUUUACUAUAAUUUGAGCUGUAAUUGGAAGAUGGAUAGGACAAAAGAAAAGUCAGAUGUUGUGUACACGGUCAAAAAGCCAAAAAACAAUUAUCUUGUAUGGAGACCCGUCAGUAGUCAAGCCAGUUUCGCUGAAGAAUGCUCAGUAAACCAAGUGAAAGUUGGUUCAGAUGAUGUUAGUCAAACACAAGAAGUGACAGUUGGGUCAGAAGAUAUAAGACAAAUUCAAGAAGUGCAGUGCAGCACAUCGAGUGAUGUUUCAGAUGCUCAACAUGUUGUGAAGGUUGAAGCAGUGACUGAAGUAACUGACUCAACACUCAGUUCUCAUACAUUGUCGGAUGAUGUUGAGGUUAGAGCAUCAAUAAGACACUCAGAGAUUUCAGCUGAAAAGCAUUCACUUUCACUAGAGGUAGUGAUUGGCUUGUCAAUAAUUGGUGCCUCUGUAAUUCGAUUUGUCAAGGGAAGAGAGGGAUCCAUGCAGAAAAAAAUUGAAGAGGAGAUGGGAGUUAAGAUUAUCAUUCCAUCAUCAAGGAAGGAGGAUUCGAUAAUCAUCGAAGGCAUUUCAUUGGAUAGUAUAAAUAAAGCUUCAGAAAGGAUACAAUCCAUUGUUAAUGAGGCAGUCAAUAGCCCAAGUCUUGAGUACUCACACUUUAUAUCUCUUCCAUUAGCUAUUCAUCCAGAACUGGUUGAUAAGCUUGUUAAUUUUCAAAAAUCUGUCCUGGGAAUUGGUGAUGCCCACCUAGAUGAGAAUGCAGAUUGUGAUUCUAGCAAGGAUACUUCUGACAAUGGAGACAGGGACCGAAAGUUGAAUAAAAGACCUAGUGUAGUUGGAGAUGACAAUGAGCUUGUUCAAGUGGAUGUAAAGAGCAUAGAUGAAAAACCUGAUGUUGCAGUUGAGUGUAAAGUUGGAGAUGACAAUAAGCAUGUUGAAGUGGACAUAAAGAGUAUACCUCUUGUUAGUUACACGCCUAAAGCAGCAAAGUCUUCCUUUGUAUCUGCAGACUUGGGAAUCGACAAGUCCAUAUUUAUUAAACCAAAAACCUUUCACUUAACAGUGCUGAUGUUGAAGUUGUGGAACAAGGACCGAGUUAAUGCAGCUACGGAGGUUUUGAAGAGUAUUUCCUCAAAAGUGAAGGAUGCCUUGGAUAAUCGACCCAUCUUUGUAAGACUAAAGGGGCUGGAUUGCAUGAGAGGUUCUUUGGCCAAAGCUCGUGUUGUCUAUGCUCCAGUGGAAGAAAUAGGUGAUGAUGGUCGACUUCUCCGUGCAUGUCAAGUCAUUAUUGAUGCAUUUAAUGAAGCUGGACUUGUGCUUGAGAAAGAUGCUAAACAGAAAUUGAAGUUGCACGCAACUGUAAUGAAUGCAAGGCAUCAGAAAAGAUUGUACAGGAAGAGUGGGACAAGAAAGCUCGAUUCGUUUGAUGCACGAGACAUUUUCAAGCAAUAUGGAUCUGAGGAAUGGGGAGAGUAUAUUAUCCGUGAGGCUCAUCUUUCACAGAGAUUUUUAUUUGAUGAAAGUGGAUAUUAUCAUUGCUGUGCUUCAGUACCUUUUCCUGAAGAUAUGAAAGCAAACUGAUUCAUCCAAGCUGAAGAUUUACAACUUCUCUUUUGAGUCGAAAACACUGGCUGUAAGUGUUAUAUAAGAUCAUUAUCUUGUGAUGAGGCUUACUUGCAUAUUUUCUGUUUUUGCUUCCGAUUUCUAAUUUUACCUCUUUUUUAUGUUCCCCAAAUGAGAUCUGCUAUCAGUUCUUAGAUACUGAUGAUCUUGAGUAUCUUUUAGGAAUCCGCAUACUAGUAACACUUAAAAAGUGCACAGUUAAUGGAUAAUUUUAAACUUUCUUGCUUUGAGGAAAA